AUGCAGCGUCAUUCUCGCUUGUUACGACUCACAAGUGGAAUAAAUAAUGGACGACUGCGGCUGGCGGAACAGUUUGCGACCAUGCAAGGAUGGCAGGCGGGUGAAGAUGACGCCUUUGAUGCCUACAUUAGUGAGAAGCGACGCAAGGAACGAUAUGAGGCAUUCGAUCAACGUGUUGAACGGGGAUAUGCAGAGGCGGCAAAAAUGCAAAAGGCCGAAGUACAGAAUGCCAUUAAACGUCAGUUAAAAUCCACAGGAGCGAAAUUCACCGCAGCGACAUUACGUGAGAUGCAAACGGCAGUGGAAGAGCGAUUGGAUUGGCUGCGUGAUGUGUGGACGCAAAUUGAUGCGGAUUAUCGUAGUGGCGAUACCGCACGACAAGAGACCGCCGCUCGUGAGAUCUCCGCCGCAUUGCGUGGAGAGCCGAGUGAUUAUAUGCGUUGGGUGUAUGAUACGAAGCGGGAACUGCGCUUCGCCGGCCCUGCGGGUAAACGUCUCCUGCAGAGUUCCACUGAACACGCAGAGAUGCCCACCGUGAGUGAUGCGGAGGUGAAUCGCUAUCAUCAACUGCGGCCGAGUAUGUUGGAAAUUGAACGGGCCGUGAAGGAGAAGUAUGGUGUGGCCGGUCAACAACACUGGGCGGAGUUGCAGGCAGCGAAGGAUGAUGCCUACGCGGCUAAAUUAGAUGAUGCGGCGGAAGUGUAUAAACAAUUAUUAGAACAAAACACACGACUGGAGGAAUCACGACGAACGGAACUUCAACGAAGUCAUGUGGAACGCAUUCAUCAGGCGCAGGUGCGGUUUAAAGCGGCAAUGGAAUUAGAACAGGAACGUGAACGAAUGGUGGAAGCACAUAAAGCCAUGCAGGAAGAACGGGCACGUGUAGAGAAGGAACAAAGACGGGCAUUACUGCAGGAAGCCGCAGAAUUACGAGCAAGUGGAAUGACAAGUGCAGAAGUGCGAGCGGCAUUAAAAGAACGUCAAAUUGAAGCCAAUGCUCGUCGACAGGCAGAAUAUGAAGUAAAGGAACGAGAAGAGGUAUUACAACGAAAGACACAAUUAUUAGAUAUGAUUGCGAAAUUUAAACAUGAUGUAGAAGAACGAGAAGGAAGGGAUUUAUUACUUCAACAACAACGGCAAGAAGAGAAUUCUACAGGACGUGCAGUGAAUGCUUUUGGUUUUUAUGAUGAUGAUGUUGUAGAAGGAGGACAAGAAGUAUCUCUCUGGGAUAAGCGAAACACCGGUAAUGAUAAUGCACCUACAGUUUCAUCAUCAUCAUCUCAAGCUAACUCGGCAUUAAGUCAUCAUAUUAAUAAGAGUACAGGGCAACUCUCUCCACAUACACAGAAAGAGGAAUUAUGGAAAGCCAUUAAUUCGGAUACAUAUGAAGAUCCAUUCCAUACAGUACAUCAGGCUCGUCUGGAUGCUGCCCGUACAUAUGAUCCCAUGUAUGCCCGUACAUUCCCAAUGAAUCUUGUAUUAGGUCGAAAGUAUACAAAACAAGGUGCUGGUGAAAUGGCUGCGGGUAAUGCUACCGAUCGUCAAAUUCUACAAAAGGGAAAUGCUGUGGCGUUAAACUUUCAAUGGGGACUUGGAAACAAUACUGUACAUGAUUUGGAUGCGGAUGGAAGUACGGAUUACUUUAUGGAUGGAGCCUUCCAUGUGCGGGAUAAGACUACGGGGGAUAUUGAUUGGAGAUAUGAGAAAAAGAAGGGAGGUCCAAUCUUUAAAGGACCAAAGUUCUAUCGACUUGGGGCCCAGCGAGAGGCGGCAGAUCCCGGUGAGCAGCCGGUGGAUCCCACACCACACACACGACUCCCACGUGAACACAGAUGGCGCAGUAGUUAA